GUUUGUUCUUUUCAAAAUUGCAGAUCCGUCUUGGGCUUCAAAUCCAUCUUUACUGUUGAAGCUUCGUCUUCGUCAUUAUCUGUCUGCAAUUCGCCAAUUGAGCAGCUGAAGCAAGCCCUAAUACUGUCACAGCCAAAUGUCUGCAAACGCUGCAGACUCCGAACCCACGAACGGAGCAACCGAGCCGCAAGCAGAAGUAAGGGACGAUGUGGAUCUGAAAUUUUAUGACGCAAUCCAAUCAAAUGAAGAACCAGAGGCCACUGACGUCGAUUCCAAGCUGGACGAGCCAAAAGACCGAUCCGUGGCUGAUCCCGAUGCGGAGCCCGAGGGGCCAACCUACCAGCCGAUCCAAUCGAAUGGCGCGCCCGUGCAUGAUGCGGAAUCCUCCCAGAUUGACGAAUCGGAAAACCAACAGACGCUAUCUAACGGCUCCGAGAAUAAGCGGCCGGAGCUUAAGAAGGACGAGGGAAGCCGCACCUUCACGAUGAGAGAAUUGUUGAAUGAAUUGAAGAAUGGCGAGGCCAACGAUGACUCCGAAGCAGAGAAGCAAGAAGCGAGCUCUCCGUAUGGUCAAGAAAGCACCAUGCAACAAGAGCAGCAGCAUAUAGACCAGAACAAUGCUGCCAUGGACUUGAUGAAUAGUGUCACAGGUGCUGAUGAGGAGGGUCGCUCUCGCCAACGGAUUCUUACAUUUGCUGCCCGGAGAUAUGCAAGUGUAUUAGAGAGAAACCCAGAAGAUUAUGAUGCACUAUACAAUUGGGCGCUGGUCCUUCAGGAAAGUGCGGAUAAUGUUAGUCCUGAUUCUAGUUCACCUUCUAAAGAUGCUUUGCUUGAAGAAGCAUGCAAAAAGUAUGAUGAGGCUACCCAUCUUUGCCCUACACUUCAUGAUGCUUAUUAUAAUUGGGCCAUUGCAAUCUCUGAUCGGGCAAAAAUUCGUGGCCGUACAAAGGAGGCUGAAGAACUAUGGGAGCAGGCAACCAAAAACUAUGAGAAAGCAGUUCAACUUAAUUGGAACAGUCCCCAGGCACUUAACAACUGGGGACUGGCUCUGCAGGAACUCAGUGCAAUUGUUCCAGCACGAGAAAAGCAAACUAUUGUUGAAACCGCAAUUAGUAAGUUUCGGGCAGCAAUACGGUUGCAAUUUGAUUUUCAUAGGGCAAUCUACAACCUGGGGACUGUUCUGUAUGGAUUAGCAGAGGACAUUUCAAGAACUGGAGCAUCAGCCAAAACUGUUUCCCCAACCGAAUUGUAUAGCCAAUCUGCAAUCUACAUUGCUGUGGCGCAUGCACUGAAACCAACUUACUCAGUUUAUACUAGUGCCUUGAAGCUCGUGCGCUCCAUGCUGCCUUUACCCUAUCUAAAGGUUGGAUAUCUUACCGCACCGCCAGCAGGAGCUCAAGUUGCCCCUCACAGUGAUUGGAAACGUACUCAAUUUGUUCUGAAUCAUGAGGGGCUUCAACAGCUUCAUCAAUUUGAGGAAACACAGAUUUCUAGAAACCUUUCUGGAAGAUCAGGAGAUACCAUGAACACCAACAGACGAGCGAUAAAAGUUGAAAUUCCAGACAUUGUCUCAGUCUCUGCAUGUGCUGAUCUCACCUUACCUCCUGGUGCAGGCCUCUGUGUUGAUACAAUUCAUGGACCAGUUUUCUUUAUUGCUGAUUCGUGGGAAUCUUUGGAUGGAUGGGUGGAUGCGAUUCGUCUAGUUUACACAAUUUUUGCGCGAGGGAAGAUCGAUGUUCUGGCAGGUAUAAUAACUGCAUGACAUUUUCAUUACCAUCUCAUAUAUAGAAAGAAUUGCCUGAGGCAGUGUUAUAGUGAGCACGACUCACUAUGUUACAGAGACACUUAAAUUUGAUUUGGAAAUAAGAGUUUUUAUGUAUAUUACACAAUCCAAUUGGAAGCUGUAGGAAAACAUCUUUCUCUGGGUUUUGUUUUUGGUUUUGCCUGCUGGUGCUGAAUGUAGUUUUUGUGGGACUUUCGGACCCUGGAUGGACGGGUAGUAUUUAUUUUGCUGUGAGCAUCAUUAGAGAAAGGCUUUAAGUAUUAGACUCUUUGUAAACUGUCAUCUAAUGUUACACAAUUUUCUCCAUAUCAAAAGUAUCUCGCUUUAUUCCAAGGUUUUAUAUGAUAGGACAGUGAUAUUUU